AUACUUUUUCACAGAUGUAGAUGAUCCAGAGUAUCAAGCAAAAUCAAAUGGCCAUAUGGUCAACACACAGUGCCAGGGAACACAUUCAAGAUUGGCCCUGUGCUGUAAAACAUCAAAUAUAUUCAGUAUGUUUUAUAAAUCUAAUAAAAGGUGGUUAUGUCACGUUGAUGACGACAACUAUCUCAAUGUGCCGGAGCUGAUGAAGUUACUUCGGCAGUUUGAUCAUAAUCAAGAUCAUUACCUAGGCCGGGCUAGCCUCAGCCAUCCUAUAGAAGCUAUAGAUAGAGUUUCAAAUCAGAGAGUAUCAUUUUGGUUUGCUACCGGCGGUGCUGGAUUCUGUAUCAGCAAGGCGUUGGCUACCAAGAUGAUGGUCUAUGCAAGGUAUGGUAUUCAUCUUUAAUAUCAUAAUGCAGGCCUGUCAUAAUGCCUUAUUCAGUGUUGACACCUUAAAUUCUUACCCUGUUUAAAAAUGGUGAGACAAAUUCCCAACUCAGAACCGGGCUAGAGUUUUGCUAAAGGGUCAAUAAUUUAAAUCAUCAAGCUUAGCAAUGAUCGUAGACACAUUUUUUCUAUGAUUGAUUGCACUGACUACAAUGUACAAUCAAUCGUGAAAAUCAAGCGUUACAAUCAAUCGAUAACCUUUGUGUUACGGGACCCAGGGGAGCGUUUCAUCAACAUUUUUGUCUGACAAGUUGUCAGAUCUGACAACUUUCACAGAUUUUGAUUGGCUGAGAGGCACUGUUACUAUGGUAGCUGUCAGAUAAAGAGGGAUUUGUCUGUCGGAUAACAUUUUAGUAGCUAUUGAAUUUGAACUGCAGAUUGUGUAUGAAAAGUCAAAUAUUAAAAUCUUAGACAACUACAUUGUAGGGGAAGAGAGAGAGGGUAAAGGAUUUAAAUAAAAAGACACAGUGGCUUAAUAAUAAUGAUGAUAUUCAACUUUUAUUCAGCAUCUCAUACAUUGGAGGACAUUUUUAAACACUUUUACAGAUAUCUUUUUUCUUUUUUUUAUCGGAUCCUGGCUUGCCUGCAUGCAAAGUAGGCACUUUCUCCACCCCCUUGAAACUAGAUGUAUGAAAAGUAUGAGAGGAAAAAUUAGAUAAAGAAAAAAAAACCCAGAAUAACCAGAAAAUUGACAAUUGACAUUGAAAUGUUGUUGAUUUAUCAGAGUAUGUUGAUUUCUUCUAGUGAUUUGAAUGAACCUUAACCCUCCUAAAUUUUAGGCUAAAUAGAAAGAUUUUUUAAUAUAAAACCAGACAUGUUUGCACUUACUAUUUGCUCAUUUUACUCCAGCGGAUACCUGAAUAUGUUGUCAGUUCAAGCACGUUGAUUCAUUUUUUUCGCUAGAUCAAUACAAAAUAUUGUGGGAUUGAAAACGAACCGCACGCACGUAGGUGGUGGUUGUUAUGAAUUUCAAAUUUCAAACAAUAUUGUCAUCGAGUUUCAAGAAUAGCUCUAUUCUAGUAUUGCCUCUGUCUUUUGAUAUUCCCUGAUUAAUUUGCUGUUUCUGACAUAGUGGGAGUGUGAGGUGUAGGGUGUGUAAAAUACAUUUUUGUAAAGGUAUAUUUUUGGAAGAGAAAGGCAAAAUCCAGGAAGAUACCUGUUUCUAGAGUGUAUUAAUUCAUGUUCAAGUUCAAGUUUAUUUAAACCAAUCAAACAAGAGACAUAUAUUACACAGUUAGACAAAAUAAAUAAUAAGACAUGAUAGGUUUGGGACCCCGUAGAAGUAGAGCUUGUGAAAGGUGACAAUUUGAGUGCCACCCCCCCCCCCCAUGGUGGAGUAAUAUUACUGAGGGAAUCUAACUCUCCUGCUUCAGUGCAUUAUUUGUUGUAUUGAGAUAUUUACAGAACAAAAAUGAGAAAAAUAAUGAGAAAUCCUUGGACAUAACCAAGAUUAUUCACAUUUUUUUUAUUUUAUCCCAAUCCUCACUCAUGGGAAACAUGAUCUAAGACCAGCUUUUCCAAAAUGCAUGUUAAAUCAUUGAAUCUAUUGAAUCCAAACGUGUGACAUUGUGUGGAGAUGGGGCUUCUGUAAAUAGUAGAAAUGUGUUGGAACUUUCCAUAGGGGCACCCAAACAAUGUACAUGGUUUAAUUUGCUCAGGGUUGUAAACAAACACCCCCAGACCGGUCCACCAAUCGGUGUGUAGCUUGACACCCUCGUGUUUUCUCGUCAAAUAUAGUUGGUCUAUUGCAGGAAACUCAAAGAAUAGGACUAUUUGUCUAGAUUUUCUAUGUAUAUUUCUAGUUCUCUGUCAUCCCAUGUACAGUAGCCUAUUCAUGGUAAGCAGGUAAUCUGUUCAAAUACACCCCGCCAAUGAAAAGGAUGUUGACAGAAUAACACGUUGGUUUUGAAAAGCGUUUUUGUGUUUGUUCCUGUUGUAUGACGAUCGUAAUGAAUGUUAUAGGUGAGUGUUGCUAGAUGAAAAUGGUGGAGAGAAAAAUAUGCUUUAUGAAGGGUAGUUUGGACUGUCAUUCAUACAUAUGCAAGCAAAUUUUCUGUUUCCGCCUUGACAAAAAGAGCCAUGGGCCGAUAUUAUAAGGUGGAGUCUGUCAAGAUUUUGUUCAAAUGUCACCUUUCUUUUCCUGUUGCUUUGAUAGUUCAGAUUAUGACUAAAAAUGAUGGGUCCCCUGGUAAUAAGUAAUUAGACGAAUAUAAGCUUUAAUUGAUUGUAUUUGAUUAUUGUACUGAGCAGUACAUGUAUUUUAUUUUGUGCAAAGUUUCAUUCAAAUUAAUUUAUUUCACUUCUCUUUUAAAAAAAAUACAAAUACAUUGUUAUUAGUAUUAUGGUAUAUGAUACUAGGUUUCAACUAUAAACAUAUUAAGAUUCAAGAUUCUUUUAUUUGUCAAUGUACAAAUACAAAGAAAUUUGGUUUAUGAAAAGUACAAUAUAUCAUAACAAUAUUGAAAUAUUUGACAUGAAAAAUCAAGGUAAAUUAUUAAUAACUGUCUGCAAUUACUUUGAUACCCCUAAAAUUCAUAAUGCAUUAUGUAGGAUCCUGGGAUGUGUGUGUGUGGGGGGGGGGGGGGCAAUUGACCUAGUUUAGCCAAGGCUAGACAGCAGACCAAGACUUUCGUUGACCAUGCAAAUAAUUGAAGUAUGAUGUUAGACAGUAUAUUAAAAGAUACAGGAAAUAAUUGAGACAUGAUCUUGAAGCAUGUCUGAAGUGCCAGGUAAUGACAUUUUUUUUCUUCUUUAUGUUCCUUUCCAAUUAUGUGAAAAUUGUUAUAUCAUGAAGCGCUUUAGCCUGAUAAGUUCUAAAAAACCUCUUUUUUCUUCAUCAUUUUGUUCAUAGGUUGACUCAAUUUUGUGCUAAACUGGCAUCAUCAAUGAUGAAAAUAUUCAAAUUUUUGCUUUUUCUAAGAAAUUUGACAAAUCGCUUUGAGCUUUUACAAAAUGUUUAAUCCCCUGUCAAACUUUCUAUUUUAAAAUGAAACUCUGUAUCCAUGUAGGCCUAUGUAUUUUAAGGGAGUUUUCUUUAAAUCUCCGAGCUCAUACUCACACAUACAUUCCUACAACAUUUAGAAUAGGGAUGACAAGGGUUUUGAUUGAGACUACAUGUAUGGCUACAUUCAACCAACACUAUUUACUUUAGAAACUUGGUUCCAC